GAUUUUAUUCUGUUCAUAGUUUUUUUCCUUUCUCUUUCUCAGUUUAUUCAUCAAAUCAAUACAAUAGCAGUGUUCAAUUCAUAUAUAUAUAGUUAUAUAUACCUUAUUAGAUUUAUUGAAAUAAACUAGCUAGCUUAUAAUAAGUAUCAAAAUUUCUUAUAAGUACGUAUAUAGGUAUAGCUAUAUAUCAUCAGAUCAUAGAAUGAGAAAACCUUGUUGUGAUAAGCAAGACAUAAACAAAGGAGCUUGGUCCAUACAAGAGGACCAGAAGCUUAUUGAUUACAUCAACAAACACGGCGAGGGUUGCUGGCGAACCCUUCCCAAGGCUGCAGGCUUGCUUCGAUGUGGAAAAAGUUGUCGGCUAAGAUGGAUUAAUUAUCUGCGUCCAGACCUUAAAAGAGGCAACUUUGCUGAAGAUGAAGAAGAUCUCAUCAUUAAACUCCAUGCACUCCUAGGCAACCGGUGGUCACUAAUUGCUGGAAGAUUGCCUGGACGUACGGACAACGAGAUAAAGAACUAUUGGAACUCUCAUCUAAGGAGAAAGCUCAUAAACAUGGGCAUUGAUCCCAAUAACCACCGCUUAACUCACACAGCCACCACCACUACUACUACUACUACUGCCCCUCGUCCCCAGCUAACUCUUCAUCAUAAUAAUAAAAAUGAUAUACGUACAACCACAACUACUACUUCAUCGGCCGUCGUUAAAAGCUCUAAAAACGACCGAGUUCCUCCGGCCAAACCGCACCGCGAAAACGGCGGCGGCGAUCAUCACGAGAUAUCGGACGCCGCAAGUUGCUUGGAAGAUAAUCAGGAGUACAUCUCGACAUGUUCUGCUCAUCGUGAUCAUCACCGGUUGCCUGAUUUAAACCUAGACCUCACCAUGAGCAUGGAUAGUACUACAGCUCCUUUGCAGCAGCCAGAUCAACCUUAUGGUUAUCAUAAUACUAAUAAUAAUGUCAAAGAUGAUGAUGAAGCUCGUGAGCCAAAAUUUAACGCUCAUCAGAAUAAUAAUCAUAAUCCCAGUCAAUUGAGGAACGACUACUGCUUCGAAGUGCUCGACUCCUCAUCUGCAGCUCCAACACUCCCUCUCUUCAUAUAAUUUUAAUGAUUUGAUCGAGGGAGACAUUGACAUGUAAGAAGCCAUAUACUUAUAUAUAGUACUUCUAGUACUACUGUAGCUGUAUCCGAAACCACCAUUGAGAUUUGAAUGAUUUAAAGGGAACAAGACCAGUCCAUAAACUAUAUAUAUAUAGCUAAGACAUUUGUUGAUGAUCUUAUUUUUUUUAUAGGCAACUUAUUUUCAUGGGGUAUAUCGUAUACGUGUGUACAAUUAGUUUAUGGCUUAAUACUAUAUUUAAUGUACACUUCGGCAUAUGAUUUGAACCUCUAAAUUAAAUUAUAAUAUCAUAUAUAAAUAAAAAUUAGACAUCGUUUUUGCUUUAA